AUGGAAUCAAGAUUUUACUAUUUUCCAGGCCAAACACCUGAAAACACGAAAAUUUCGGAUCGAAGUCAUGCUUUACACUUGAGUCAAGAUUCAUGGAAACAAAUUACUGGUCAUUUGGAUCGAAACCGAUUAAUACAGGAAGCAAUAGACAAAAAUGAGGCACAUAAAAAGGCUCUUAAAGAUGGAUCUGACGCAAUGACUAAAACAUGGGAAAACUCUGUAGAAAAUAUACGAAAAAGAAAAGAGGAAGAACGGUUGGAAAAAAUUCGAUUAUUGGAAGAAAACAAGUUUAAGGGUUUCUACAAACUUCGCGUAGAGCAGGAAGAAAAAAGGCAAAGAAUUUUAAAUGAAGUAAACCAACAAAUAUUUACCAGGAGUGGAUACGCAAGACAAGUUAAUUUUGCACUUUUGAGUUGCGAGGUACUCAAAGAACAAAGCAUACAAAAAGAGCAUUUAAAGCAAUUGCGAGAACAAGACGAAAAACAGAUCUGGGAGGAAAAGGAAACUAUAAUGAAGGGCGUCGAAGAUGAAAAAAAAGAGAAAGCUGAAGAGGCUAAGAAACUACUUGAGAAAAAUAAGGCAUUUUCUGUAGAGUUAAAAAAAAUAAUUGAUCAAAAACAAUUUAAGCAAGAAAAAGAUAAACUGGAAAAAAUUAAACGAGAAGCUAAGGAUAAUAUUGAAGCAGCUAAACAAAUAAAGGAGAUUGAGGAAAUUUAUGAAGAAGAGAAACGAAAAAAACAAUUAAAGAUAAAGGAAGAAGUUAGAAAGGACAAAGAACAAAAACAAUUGGCAGAAUUCAAAAGGAACAAAGAAGCUUCAGAAUUGGAUGAUGUAAUACAAAUAUACAAAGACGCCAAAUUUAAGAUUGAUUGUUAUAAAAAAAUGAAGGAAAAAGAGCUUCAAGACCUGUUAAAGGAUCGCAGUAAACUAGCUGUGCAAGAUAUGAUCAAUAGAAACAAUAAUAGAGAAAAAACGUAUCAAGAAAUAUGCGAAGAAAUCGAUUUACCAGACAUGCAAGCAAUUGAAAAUGAGCAACGAAGACAAUUAGAUGCAAAAAUUAAGCAAGAUAUAAUUGAAGAUCGUAAGGUAUUCCUUGCCGAGGAAGAGAUCAAAAAACUUAAAGAACAAGAAAUUAAAAAAUGGGAGAUUUUAAAUAGAUUUAAGACAGAUGAGGUUACGAAAGAGUACGUGGAAAACUAUGGAAAAAAGGAAAAAGAAAUGGUGCUUCUAUAUAGAAAAGCUCUGUUGGAACAAAUGGAAGAAAAUAAAGAAAAAAUAAGGCAAGAAAAAGAAGAGGAAUGUUUGCAUGAUUUUGCAGAAGACGAUGCAAAAUUCCUUAAAUAUGCUAAUGAAACUUUGGAAAUUGCAAAGAAAAAAUGUUUACCAACUAAACCUAUAGAGCAAGUUAUAAAGCAAUACAAAAAAGAAAACUUCUUAUUGGAUACAGACCAAACAAACACAUGUCAUAAAAAUGAUGCCAAGAAGACACAGAAGAAAAAUAGAAAGCCUUGUAAAUGUUGUAGACCAAAAAAAGAGUAGAU